UCUGUUUCAUGCCCACGCCUUUUAGUGGUAUGCAAUUAUCACUGUCCGAAAACCAUUUCGAGGACUAUCGAACUCAUAUUGCAUUUAGAAACCACGCACGUAUUAGUAUAACGUUGGAGCUGGGUAUUAUUUAGUAGCAGCAGCGUUUACAGGUUGCCACAACUGAGAAAACGGAUUAAGUCAAAUCAUCAAACCUUAUUUACUUUCAGAUUACCAGAGCGUUAUAAAACACAAGGGCUUGUUAUAAUUAAGCAUUCACAAACUACAUAUUGUAUGUGGAUCGUUUUACCAACAUACAUAAACCCCAUGAAAUAAAUUACAACUAAGGUCUUACCUCUCUCUGUUUAUGGUAGAAAUUUGCUAUUUUCAGAUUGAAUUUUUUAAUACUGUCUCACUAUUUUUCACUGUUUUUUUUUUCAGAAGCGGGUGUAAAGAGGGUGUUCUUCCAAUGUCCAACAUGCAAGAAGAGAUAUAGUUACCGGUACAACCUCAACAGACACAUGAAGUACGAGUGUGGGGACCAGCGCAAGUUCUUCUGUCCACUCUGUCCCUACAAGGCCACGCAGAAGACUACACUGGCGUACCAUAUGGUGAUCGAAGAAAACGGCGCCUGCAAAUACCAGUGUCUGUCCUGCAAUAAAGUGUACAAGCACAAGUUUAUCCUGAACCGGCACCAGAGGUACGAGUGCGGAGACCGCCGCCCCUUCAGGUGCUUCCUGUGUCCUUACAGCGCUAAACAGAAGAAAAGCUUGAAGAUCCACCUCCUCACCAAGCACAAGGACGUCACUCUUCCCGUGGAACUGUGAGGAAUGAUGGGAGACUAGGCCAUCCUGGAGUUCGAUCCUCUGACACACACCUCUCUCCUUCACCCCGAGGCGACCACAUUCUUGAGACCAUCUCUUCAGCAAGCUCAACGAUGCCUCUCACCACCUACAGUUACAACAAUAGACAGUGGAAGAUUGAGUAGGGGCUCGUAUUUUGUGUCAAAAGCAUUUUCUUCAUAAAGAACACUUGCGUUAUUAUAUUCCUUUAAUUACAAUUAGGAUAUCUCCAUGACUAUUUCUACACGAAGAAAAGAUCCAAAUGUGUUAAAAAUUUUGGGGACCUGUUAUUGAUUUGAGAAUAUUUUCUUAUCGAAGAUAACUGAAUUUUGCUUUUAGUACUAUAAUAUUAUAUGCAUGUAAUGACUAUAUUUGUAAUGCGCAAAAGUUUUCUAAAUUGCACUUAAUUGUUUUUAUUAAUGUAAAUACAAAUAACUUAAGUUUGUA